AUGAGCUUCGAUACAUCUUCCAAUAAUGUCACUAAACCAGAACGGAGAUAUUAUGACCGUUCGAAAACUGACGACCUUCAUAUAUCACGGACGGACAUGAAUAUGUUGAUAAUGAAUUAUUUAGUAACGGAGGGCUUCAAAGAAGCAGCAUUGAAGUUUCAACAAGAAGCAGGCUUACAGGAGCCAGCACUCUGCAGUUCAUUGGAUGAGCGCAUUAUGAUAAGAGAGGCUGUUCAGGGAGGAAGAAUACCUGAAGCAAUCUCUAUGGUCAAUGAUUUACAUCCAGAAUUGUUAGACAAUGACAGAUACCUGUAUUUUCAUUUACAACAACUACAAUUAUUGGAGCUGAUAAGAGCAGGCAGAGCAGAAGAAGCUUUAGCAUUCGCAAGUGCCACACUAGCUGAGGCCGGAGCUAAUGACCGCAAUGCUCUUACUGAAUUAGAGCGAUCACUAGCUCUCCUAGCCUUCCCAGACCCACAUUCAUCACCAUUUGCCGAUUUAUUACUUCCUUCUCAUAGCCAAAAGAUUGCUAGUGAACUAAAUGCUGCAAUAUUAAAAAUGGAGAACCAAGAAUAUACCAACCCCAAACUGUGUAGCCUUCUGCGAAUGAUUCUUUGGUCUCAAAAUGAGCUCGACAAACACAAUGUCAAGUACCCCAAGAUGACAGACUUGGCCAAUGCUACCAUAGAACAGCCUAAA